CAUUACAUGACUUUAUUCAUUUACUGUCUGUGCCAUGUGUUUGUGGAACAGUCUCAGAAUCAGAUCAACAAUCAAUUUAUGAGAGGUAGACAGUUCUUACUGUAUUAAAGCAGUGUGCAUAGAUUAAUGUCACAUGAGGAGGAUGAUAAGAGCUGAAAGUCCGGGAGGUGCAGUGGGCGGUCUAGGAGGUGUUCACUGAGUCAGGUUUCAGUGAAACACAGGGAAGUGGAUCUGCAAAAGUCUGUAUUUGUUCUGUCAGGAGCAGCAGUUAGUCCAUCUUGUUUGCUAAAUAAGUAGAUGUUUGCCAGGUAAAUGGACUGGAGCGCAGUCUGAAAUCUCUGCUGCCUCGCAGUUUAAUUGCUCCCACUUGCAUCUCCCCAUCAGCGGCGUCUUCAGCAAGUCCCAUAGAGAUCUGCUGCCCCUCCAUAUGGAUCAGGCUUGGGAUCAAGGUUUCAGUUGACUUUGAGGGUGUUGUAAAGACUUGUACAAUUAAUUCAUAAAUGAUUAAAUAGAUAAUUGGUAUUACAUAAUGUUGCUUUAACUUUAAAAAAAGAUUAGUUUUGCAGUUGCUCUUAAACUGUGUUCCUUUUCCUGAAACGAUACCAAUUGAUCAACUUCUUUCUGUUGAAUUACUCAUUAGCUACUGUGUGCAGCGACCAGAAAAUACAGUACAAACAUCCAUGGUGGGCAGAGGCUGAAUCUUAAUAACUUUUGUGAUCCCUUGUUUAAUUUAAUUUGGCCUCAUCAUCAGGUCAAAUUAUCCAAUUUGGUUUAUGACUGACAACCAGCAAAAGUAAUGCCAUUAUUAUAAACUCCAGCUGUUCUUUGUAUUUAAUGCUACUUCAAGAAUAAAGCAGAUUUUUGUGUGCUUACAUGCUAAUAUGAGAUGAAUGAAAAAUGCAUACAUGGCUUUUACUGCAAUAGUUAGGCAGAAAAAGGUGUUAUUUUUGGGAGAAGGAUGAGUUCAGAACAUGUUUAUAACCGAUUGUCUUCUUCAUAUGUUUUCCUGCAGGUACGAAAGGAUCAUGUGGCUCCAAUCUACGUCAUCAACCUUCUUAUUUCUGACCUCAUUCAGCUCUGCUGUAUGUUCAUUCAUGAAACAAAAAAACAUGAGACUCAUGCCAUUGUAUUUUAUUCUUACUAUUGUGGCCUACUGACCAGUGUUGGCUUCAUGGUGUGUGUCUCACUGGAAAGAUAUUUGGUCAUCGCCCACCCACUGUGGUACCGCUUCAAACGGACCAUCAAGAACUCUGUGGUGGUCAGUGUUGUAGCCUGGUUCAUACCUCCUGUCUUUUUCCUAACUGUUUUUCGCUGGUUUACUUUUGAUGUGGCAAGAAGCAUAUUCGCCAUUUUCCUAAUCAUUCCCUUCCCACUGUUCAUAUUCUUCCUGGUUGGGACCCUCAGAGUCCUCUCUGCAUCCGUCUCCGUCCCCUCUGAAGAAAAACAACGAAUUGUUGGAAUUUUGGUCCUGGUACUGCUCAUUUACACACUGCUGUUCGUUCCAAUCAUGAUUUUGUUCCUGAACGGGAACAGAUCUGACAGAACUCUGACUGACCUAGCUCUCAUGUUUGCUAAGCUGAGUCCUCUUGCAGAUUUAAUUCUUUAUGUUUUCUAUAGAAAAAAGUCAAUUGGUACGCUUUUUACCGCUGUGAACUGUUGCAGAGUUGCCAACACUGACACCAACAUAUCAACAGUAUGAAUGUGCACAACAUUUUGACAGUAAGCUCCAUGGAGGAAGAGAGAAUGAGGAGAAAACAGAACAAAAUGUACUCUCACUUUAGAACAAAUGUAUUUCUUACAAAACUUUAUUUGUUUUGCUAUGUUGUUAUUCUUGACAGUUAAAUACACUUUAUACUCUUCUUAACUUUCUAAUCUUCUGAUCAAUAAAAGCUUUACCUGUACAA